GUUAUUUGAGAGGGUUUCUAUAAAGUGUUGGUAGAACGUAAAGAAAAUGAGUUUAUUGAAUACGUUUAGCUGGAGAGUGAUUUCAGGGACAUUUGAUAUGGGUUUAUGUCGUUUUAUGGAGAAAAAUUGGGGAAAAUAUGAAGGAUUUGUAAGAUAUAGAAUGAAUUGUUAUUUGAAUGGAUAUUGGAGUAAUAAGUUAUCUGGAAAAGCAAUUUUACGUAAUUUUGUUGUUGGAAGAGGUGUUUAUUUAGGAAAGAAACAUUUAAAUAAUGUUUUAAAACCAUUGGUUUUGAAAGAAUCUCAAAAAGAUGAUUUUUCUGGUAAUAAGAAUCAAAAAAACAAUGAUGAUAUGGAAUUACAAGAAUGUUUUAAGAAAAUGGAAGAAAAUAUGUUAAAUAUUAAGACAGAUAUGGAACUUCAUAAAUUUGUUGAAGAAUCUAUUUUUGAACCUUUUAAAAAACAGUUAUCAGAGGGAAAAAUUAAUAAAAAGUUAUCAAAAUCUAUUAUUCUUCAUCUUUAUUCACAAUUACUUCAAAAAGCAAUGGAAAUAUUUAGGUUAAAUUUUUUAGAUUAUGUAUCAGUGGUUACAAUAUUUGAGCGUAUCAAAGAACAUGGUCCAGAAUCUUUUGUUUUAGGAUGUUCAUCUGAUGUAUAUAAUGAAAUGUUAUUGGCAAGAUGGGAAGGAUGGAAUGAUAUAAUUGAGAUUGAAAAUCUCUUGACAGAAAUGAAAAUAAAUUCUGUCCCAAGAACUCAAAAGACUUUAAAAAUUCUUAAGAAAAUAAGAUCUGAUAUUCAAAAUAUGGGUUCUCAAAAACAUCUUUUAAAUCAUGCUUUAUUUUCAUAUCAUCAUAAUAUGCCUUGUACUCAACGUUUAGAUGCUAUAUAUGAUGAAAUUUUACUUGAAACUUCUUUAAAAAAAUAAUUCUUUCAAAAUAUACCAUCUCUUAUCUCUUAGAUGGCGUUUAAAU